AUGGAGCAGUCAGUGCUUGUACCACCAGGACCAGACAGCUUCCAAUACUUCACUAGAGAGUCUCUUGCAGCUAUUGAACAACGCAUUGCUGCAGAAAAAGCUAAGAAUCCUAAACAAGAUCGUAAAGACGAUGAUGAAAAUGGGCCAAAACCAAACAGUGAUUUGGAGGCAGGAAAAACGCUCCCCUUUAUUUACGGCGACAUACCUCCAGGAAUGGUGUCUGAGCCCUUGGAAGACAUGGACCCAUAUUACAUCAAUAAAAAAACCUUUAUAGUAUUGAAUAAAGGGAAGGCAAUCUUCCGAUUCAGUGCCACCUCUGCCCUGUACAUUUUAACACCCUUCAACCCUCUUAGAAAAAUAGCUAUUAAAAUUUUGGUACAUUCUGUACCUACAUUAUUCAGCAUGCUUAUCAUGUGCACUAUUUUGACCAACUGCGUAUUUAUGACCAUGAGUAACCCUCCAGACUGGACAAAGAAUGUAGAGUAUACAUUCACUGGCAUUUACACAUUUGAGUCACUAAUAAAAAUCAUUGCAAGGGGCUUUUGCUUAGAAGAUUUUACUUUUCUUCGAGAUCCAUGGAACUGGCUUGAUUUCACUGUCAUUACCUUUGCAUAUGUGACAGAGUUUGUGGACCUGGGCAAUGUCUCAGCGUUGAGAACAUUCAGAGUUCUCCGAGCUUUGAAAACAAUAUCAGUCAUUCCAGGCCUGAAGACUAUAGUGGGAGCCCUGAUUCAGUCUGUGAAGAAGCUCUCGGAUGUGAUGAUCCUGACUGUGUUUUGUCUGAGUGUAUUUGCACUGAUAGGGCUGCAGCUGUUCAUGGGCAACCUGAGGAAUAAAUGCCUGCAGUGGCCUCCAGAAAAUUUUACUUUGGAAACAAAUAUUACUUCCCAGCUAAACAGCACCAUAGGUGAAAAUGGUACAUUGGUUAAUUCAACAGUGACUCCGUUUGACUGGAAGGGGUACAUUGAAGAUGAAAGUCAUUUUUAUUUUCUGGAAGGGCAGAACGAUGCUCUGCUUUGUGGAAAUAGCUCUGAUGCUGGGCAGUGCCCAGAAGGAUAUACUUGUGUGAAAGCUGGCAGAAACCCCAAUUAUGGGUACACAAGUUUUGACACCUUCAGCUGGGCUUUCUUGUCGCUGUUUCGGCUAAUGACUCAGGACUUCUGGGAAAACCUUUAUCAAUUGACUCUUCGUGCUGCUGGGAAGACAUACAUGAUAUUUUUUGUUCUGGUGAUUUUUCUGGGCUCUUUCUAUCUGAUAAACCUGAUCCUGGCUGUGGUUGCCAUGGCCUACGAAGAACAGAAUCAAGCAACCCUGGAAGAGGCAGAGCAGAAAGAGGCAGAAUUUCAACAGAUGCUGGAACAACUGAAGAAGCAACAAGAAGCAGCCCAGGCAGCAGCAGUGGCAGCAUCAGCAGUAACAGCAUCUGCAGAGUCCAGGGAGCCCAGUGCUGCAGGAGAAGCAGGAGGGCUCUCAGAAAGUUCCUCAGAUGCAUCAAAAUUGAGCUCAAAGAGUGCAAAAGAGAGGAGAAAUAGAAGGAAAAAAAGGAAACAGAAAGAACAGUCUGGAGGAGAGGAAAAAGAUGAAGAAGAAUUUCACAAGUCUGAAUCAGAAGACAGCAUCAGAAGGAAAGGUUUCCGAUUGUCUAUUGAAGGCAAUAGACUGACAUAUGAAAAGAAGUAUUCUUCUCCACAUCAGUCUUUGCUGAGCAUUCGUGGCUCCCUGUUUUCCCCAAGGCGCAACAGCAGAACAAGUCUUUUCAGCUUCAGAGGUCGAGCAAAAGAUGUAGGAUCAGAAAAUGACUUUGCUGAUGAUGAGCACAGCACUUUUGAAGACAAUGACAGCAGAAGAGAUUCUCUCUUUGUGCCGCGCAGGCACGGCGAGCGGCGCAACAGUAACAUUAGCCAGGCCAGUAGGUCAUCAAGGAUGCUGGCAGUGUUUCCAGUGAAUGGGAAGAUGCACAGCACCGUGGAUUGCAAUGGGGUGGUUUCCCUGGUUGGUGGACCAUCUGUUCCUACAUCGCCUGUUGGACAGCUUCUGCCAGAGGUGAUAAUAGAUAAACCAGCUACUGAUGACAAUGGCACCACGACAGAACCAGAAAUGAGGAAGAGAAUAUCAGGUUCUUUUCACAUUUCUAUGGACUUCCUGGAAGAUCCCGCUUUAAGGGAAAGAGCCAUGAGUAUUGCUAGCAUCCUCACAAACACUGUGGAAGAACUUGAAGAAUCAAGACAGAAAUGCCCACCAUGUUGGUAUAAAUUUGCAAAUAUUUUCUUGAUCUGGGACUGCAGUCCACAUUGGUUAAAAGUUAAGCAUAUUGUCAACUUAGUGGUAAUGGACCCAUUUGUUGACCUGGCUAUUACAAUUUGCAUUGUUUUAAAUACACUCUUUAUGGCUAUGGAGCAUUAUCCGAUGACGGAUGAAUUCAGUAAUGUACUUUCAGUUGGAAAUCUGGUCUUCACUGGAAUCUUCACAGCAGAAAUGUUUCUCAAGAUAAUUGCAAUGGAUCCUUACUAUUAUUUCCAGGAAGGCUGGAAUAUUUUUGAUGGUUUUAUUGUAACCCUUAGCUUGGUUGAACUUGGUCUUGCAGAUGUGGAAGGACUGUCAGUUCUUCGAUCAUUCAGACUGUUACGAGUUUUCAAACUGGCAAAAUCUUGGCCAACACUAAAUAUGUUGAUAAAAAUCAUUGGUAAUUCUGUGGGAGCUCUGGGGAAUCUGACCCUGGUGCUGGCCAUCAUUGUGUUCAUUUUCGCUGUGGUUGGGAUGCAGCUGUUUGGGAAAAACUACAAGGAAUGCGUCUGCAAAAUUGCAAGCGACUGCGUGCUCCCUCGCUGGCACAUGCAAGAUUUUUUCCACUCUUUCCUGAUUGUAUUCCGAGUGCUGUGUGGAGAAUGGAUAGAAACAAUGUGGGACUGCAUGGAGGUUGCUGGCCAAGCCAUGUGCCUUACAGUCUUCAUGAUGGUCAUGGUGAUUGGAAACCUAGUGGUACUGAAUCUAUUUUUGGCCUUGCUCUUGAGCUCAUUUAGUGCAGACAACCUAGCUGUGACAGAUGAUGAUAAUGAAAUGAACAAUCUCCAAAUUGCUGUGGCAAGGAUUCAGAAAGGCAUAGAUUAUGUGAAGAGAAAAGCACGUGAAUUCAUCCAAAAAGCCUUUGUUAAAAAACAGAAAGCUUUAGAUGAAAUCAAGCCACUUGAAGAUUUAAACAACAAAAAUAGCUGUAUUUCUAACCAUACAACUGUGGAACUAAGCAAGGACCAUGACUAUAUUAAAGAUGCAAAUGGAACCACCAGUGGUAUAGGCACAGGUAGCAGUGUGGAAAAAUACAUAAUUGAUGAGAGUGAUUACAUGUCAUUCAUAAACAACCCAAGCCUUACUGUGACAGUGCCCAUUGCUGUGGGUGAAUCCGACUUUGAAAAUCUAAACACAGAAGAAUUUAGCAGUGAAUCAGACCUGGAAGAAAGCAAAGAGAAGUUAAAUUCAUCUAGUUCUUCUGAAGGCAGCACAGUUGAUAUUGGACUUCCUGCAGAAGAACAACCAGAAGCUGAACCUGAGGAAGCCCAGGAGCCAGAGGCCUGCUUCACAGAAGGCUGUGUAAGAAGGUUCAAGUGCUGUCAAGUAAGCAUAGAAGAAGGGAGAGGAAAGCAGUGGUGGAACCUUAGAAAAACCUGCUUCAGGAUUGUUGAACACAACUGGUUUGAGACUUUCAUUGUCUUUAUGAUUCUCCUCAGUAGUGGAGCUCUGGCUUUUGAAGACAUCUAUAUUGAACAACGUAAAACCAUCAAGACCAUGCUGGAAUAUGCUGACAAGGUCUUCACUUACAUCUUCAUUCUGGAAAUGCUGCUGAAGUGGGUGGCCUAUGGCUACCAAACAUAUUUUACUAAUGCCUGGUGCUGGCUGGACUUCCUGAUUGUAGAUGUCUCUUUGGUUAGCUUAACAGCAAAUGCAUUGGGUUACUCAGAACUUGGUGCCAUUAAGUCCCUUAGGACACUAAGAGCUUUGAGACCUCUAAGAGCUUUGUCACGAUUUGAAGGCAUGAGGGUGGUUGUGAAUGCCCUUUUAGGAGCAAUUCCAUCCAUCAUGAACGUGCUUCUCGUUUGUCUUAUAUUCUGGCUAAUUUUCAGCAUCAUGGGAGUAAAUCUGUUUGCUGGGAAGUUCUACUACUGUGUUAACACCACAACUGAUGAAAGGUUUGAAGUCGACCAAAUCAACAAUUUUAGUCAGUGCGAGGAACUCAUAAAAAACAAUCAAAGUGCCCGAUGGAAAAACGUGAAAGUAAACUUUGAUAAUGUAGGAUUUGGGUAUCUUUCUUUACUUCAAGUAGCUACAUUUAAAGGCUGGAUGGAUAUUAUGUAUGCAGCUAUUGACUCAAGAGAUGUGUUAGAGCAACCGAAGUAUGAAGACAACUUGUACAUGUACCUGUAUUUUGUCAUCUUUAUAAUUUUCGGGUCUUUUUUCACCCUGAAUUUGUUCAUUGGUGUCAUUAUUGACAAUUUCAAUCAGCAAAAAAAGAAGUUUGGAGGUCAAGACAUAUUUAUGACAGAAGAGCAGAAGAAAUACUACAAUGCAAUGAAAAAGCUGGGAUCCAAAAAACCACAAAAACCUAUACCAAGACCAGGGAAUAAAUUCCAAGGCAUGGUCUUUGAUUUUGUGACACAGCAAGUAUUUGACAUCAGCAUCAUGAUUCUUAUUUGUCUUAACAUGGUCACAAUGAUGGUAGAAACUGAUGACCAGAGCAAAGAAAUGGAAAAUAUUUUAUACUGGAUUAAUCUCGUGUUCAUUGUCCUUUUCACUGGAGAAUGUGUCCUGAAAUUAAUUUCACUUCGCCAUUACUACUUCACUAUAGGCUGGAACAUUUUUGAUUUUGUGGUUGUCAUUCUCUCUAUAGUAGGUAUGUUCUUAGCUGAGAUGAUUGAGAAGUACUUUGUGUCACCCACUUUGUUCAGAGUCAUCCGGCUUGCCAGAAUCGGUCGAAUCCUGCGCCUCAUUAAAGGCGCUAAGGGAAUCCGCACUCUGCUUUUUGCUUUGAUGAUGUCUCUUCCUGCUCUGUUCAACAUUGGGCUGCUGCUUUUCCUGGUCAUGUUCAUCUACGCCAUAUUUGGCAUGUCCAACUUUGCCUAUGUCAAGAGGGAAGCUGGGAUUGAUGACAUGUUCAAUUUUGAAACGUUUGGCAACAGCAUGAUCUGCCUGUUUCAGAUCACCACAUCCGCGGGCUGGGAUGGUUUGCUCGCCCCAAUCCUUAACAGUGGGGAGCCAGACUGUGACCCUAACAAGGCUCAUCCAGGGAGCUCUGUGAAAGGUGACUGUGGCAACCCUUCUGUUGGGAUUUUCUUCUUUGUCAGUUACAUUAUCAUCUCCUUCCUGGUAGUGGUGAACAUGUACAUUGCUGUGAUUUUGGAGAACUUCGGUGUUGCUACUGAAGAAAGUGCUGAACCCUUGAGUGAGGAUGACUUUGAGAUGUUUUAUGAAGUCUGGGAGAAGUUUGAUCCCGAUGCCACACAAUUCAUGGAAUUUGAGAAAUUAUCUGAUUUUGCAGCAGCACUUGAGCCUCCUCUUCAUCUACCCAAACCUAACAAAGUCCAGCUUAUUGCAAUGGAUCUGCCCAUGGUGAGCGGUGACCGAAUUCACUGCCUUGACAUCUUGUUUGCUUUCACAAAGCGUGUUUUGGGGGAAAGUGGGGAGAUGGAUGCCCUCAGAAUACAGAUGGAAGAUCGGUUUAUGGCAUCCAAUCCCUCUAAAGCUUCCUAUGAACCAAUUACGACCACACUGAAACGAAAGCAGGAGGAGGUGUCUGCUGUCAUCAUUCAGCGUGCUUACAGACGUCACCUUUUAAAACGAACAGUAAAACAAGCUUCCUUUAUCUAUAACAAAAAUAAAACUGAAGGUGGAGCUGGUCAGGGUCUGAAAGAUGAAAUCCUUAUUGACAAGUUAAAUGAAAACUCAUUUACAGAGAAAACAGAUAUAACCGCAUCAACAGCAGUUUGUCCACCUUCCUAUGAUCGUGUAAUGAGACCAGUCAAAGAGAAGCAUGAAAAGGAAGAUAAAGAUGGUCAGAAAUAAGAGCAAAUAGCAAGCAAAAUCAUAUAUGUGCAAAGUAGUUCAUAGCCUGUAAGGAUCAUGUGUUUGUGUCAACAGGACUCCUGACGGAGGUCUAUGCCAAACUGACAAUUUUUACAAAUAUACUGUACAUUAAAGGUCAGUGCCUAUUAAAAGACAGUGACCCCUUGUCAGUGACUGUGAUAAGAAGAAACAACCUUGACAGGAGGUUACUGUUCUCACUACCAGCUGACACUGCUGAAGAGGAGAGGAAAAAUGGCUACACAGACUGUAGGGACCAGUUAAAGGGGUGUGAAAGCAAGUAUUUGUGUGUUAACAUAAAACAAUAUGGUAACUGUAUCCACUGUUUGCAUUUCAACUGCCACAUACUUCAUAUUUUUACAAUAUCUGUGUUGGUGGAUUCAUCUUGUUUUUAUUCAUAUGUUGUUUAUUAUAUGUGACUAUUUUUGUAAAUGGGGCUUCUGUUGGGGAAGGGAAUUAAGUACACCUUUACAGGUAC